GAUACGUACCCACCUCGCUACCUCCCCCCAGAGCACCAAGCUCUAGCUCCAUCGCCUGUUCGUCAGCUUUCCCCAGGUUCGGAGGUGGGUGGUAGGGACACGAGAGACCGACCACCUUGAAUCCUUGGAUUGGGAUUGGCGUGGUGCUGGUGGCCAGACUGGCAGACCCCGAACCUGUCAUGUAGCAAGCCAAAUAUCAUCUCCCCCCUUGUGUCACAUUCAUCUUGACACACACACACACACACACCUCCUGCACCUCCUGAAGCUCUCCCUCUCUCUUUCCCUCCUCCUCUCCUAGUCACCCUCCUCUAACCACAAGAAAGUGCGGGGGAAUCUGCAAAGAAACAGAGACGCACACGCACACGCCACGCCCGACCUCCUUCUUCCCUUUAGCCAAUUACAACCAUCCCAUUUGCCUAGUCUCUCACCCAAAGCACGGGCACGACCACCAAAAGCACCUUUCCUGCCUGACGGCUACCACUGACUGCCACCACCCAAGACCAGACCAGACCAAGCCAGACCGGCGUACCAAGCGUCGACCACCACCACCACCACUGCUGCUGCACGUCGACUUGCUUCCCAUUCUGUGAUAAACCCCUGCUCUCGGGUGCCUCCUGCUUCUUGUCGAUCGAGACGUAUCGAAUCCGCUCUCCUCCCUCCUUCACAAUCUUCGUACCAGAGGCUUGUUCUUGCAAAACAAAGAGCACGUUUGUCACAUUUGCUUGAGCCGACAACGUAACCUACACCUCGCUCGUCUAGCAGAAGAGACACCUCUCGGUCAACCCCUACCACUUCUACUGCCUUUCUCUCUAUCUCUCUCUCUUUCUCUACGUACAACACCCCAAACAUCCUCCAAAGAUGCUGAGCCAACGAUUGGUGCGAGUAGCCGGCGCGGCGACCCCGCGUUCCGCGCUGCGAGCAUUCAGCUCGACGAGCCAGCAGCUCAAGGUGCCCUCCAUGGCCGACGUCACCCCCGCACCCCAGAGCGUCGCGUCCUUCAACGAGAAAUCCAAGCAGUUCCGAGAGCAGUUGGCCGAGCAGCAGAAGCAGCGGGAAGCAAGUGCGUAUACUCGAUCCUCCUCCUCUUCCACAGCCUCCUUCCCCUCUGAGUCCGCCCAGGGCUUGGGCUCAUCCGUGAGUGCUACUUCAGGACAGAAGGCCGAGGCCUCCCAGGAGCCCCCGCGCAAGGCCGGCCCCCUGACCAACCUCAUCUACGGCACCAAGGAGGGCCGCGAACUCGACGCCCAGCUCGAGGCCAGCUUCAGUCAGGUCCUCGCCCGGGGCAAGUACGUCCACUCCAUUGUUCACCAUGAGGUCAAGCCCGACAAGGUCGAGGAGUACACCAAGCUCGUCGGUAGCUGGUACCCUCGCAUGGCCUCCAUGCCCGAGAAUAAGGUCAAUCUGGUUGGAAGUUGGAGAACCGAGGUUGGAGACUGCGACACUUUUGUCCACAUCUGGGAGUACCAGCGCUACCAGGGUUACCAUGAGUCCAUCCACAACAUUGGCUCGCACCCCGAGUUCGCCGAGUUCGAUAGGAAGCUUAAGAGCCUCAUCACGUCCAAAAAGACGUCCCUGAUGCAGGAGUUCUCCUUCUGGCCCACCACGCCGCCCCGCCAGCUCGGCGGGGUCUUUGAGCUGCGAUCCUACACUCUACACCCGGGCAACCUUCUCGAGUGGGAGACCCACUGGAGACGCGGCCUCAAGGCGAGGCGCGAGGUCAUGGAGGGCGUCGGCGCGUGGUUCGUGCAGAUAGGAGACCUCAACACCGUCCACCACCUGUGGCAGUUCGCCAACCUCGAGGAGCGCAAGAUCCGCCGCGAGAAGAGCUGGAGCGUCGAGGGCUGGAGCGAGACGGUGCACAAGACGGUGCCGCUGAUCCAGACGAUGAAGUCGAGAAUCCUGAUCCCCAUGCCCUGGUCUCCCGUGGCGUGAGGCGGGACGGAGGCUGCCUUGGCUCUCUGAUUACUCGACCAUCGCAUUGGCAUGUGUAGCGUCGCCUACAUCACACACACACACACACACAAACACACAACACAAACACACAGGCAGACCACCUUCCGUUUGCCGAGGCUCACAUGGUCAACCACCUUAUUGCACUAAAGACAACCGAUCACCAGGAGGGGAGGGGACCUUUGCUGGCUCGGUUCGUGCCUGCUUUGCCAAGGCACCUGAGAGGAACGUUCUUCAUGGGCCGAGGGCUUGGCGGUUCGGUCAGAAGACAGAUGGGCUUUUUCCUAUUUUGCUCAUGAACUUCUUUUUUUAGGGUUACACUCUGGCUGGUGGCAACGUGUGUAUGUGUAGAGAUUUCUGGUCAAACAAAAGAACCAGCACAUAGGAAUUUGAAAACAGUAACCU